UAUGCUGUUUCUUAUUAAUUCCUGUGCUUGGCUGGAUGCAUAUUAAAAUUUUAUUCAAAAAAUUAAUCUACAUCGUUUUCGCAUCAGUUUUAUACAUUUUUGUCGUGCAGUUAUUAGGGAUUCAGAAAAGAAGAGAGUGAUGAUCAAGUCGGAUCGUUAAUAAACGGCAGUUCGCUGUAAUUCGUUGGUGACCAUUGGUGACAGCAUCAAAUAUAUGAAAUUAUUAUUUAUCCGUGGUGAAAACUCGUGAAGUGUUUCGCUGCGCAAUGACGAAAUUUAUAUUAUUUUUCAAUCUUCUAAUCGUGUCUGCGUACAAUAUUGAUACAGAUUAUCCAAUAUUGUAUCCGAACAGUGCGACUAAUGCGGACCAAUAUCUAUACACGAAAUUCGAACGUAAUUAUUUCGGCUAUUCGGUGUUGCUACAUCGUGACUUGCAGAAGAAUAUCUCAUGGUUACUCAUAGGAGCACCUCGUGGAAAUUAUACACGCCAUGGUAUAUCAUGGCGUGAUACAUCAGGUUUUAAAUUUUUAGACGAACCUGGUGUAGUUUACCUGUGCAGUUUACCAGGUCCAUGUAUGGAGGUCAGACCGACCAUUUCCGCGAAAGACGAAGAAUUAUACAUACGCCAACUCAAUAUGCGCGCAUAUGUAAAGAAGGAACAUUCCUGGUUUGGUGGUGCAAUGUCGGUAGAAAAGAACAGCGGUUUCCUUACGAUAUGUGCCCCGCGAACGAUUCUGAGCAUUAUCAAUAGCAAGAAAUACACAGACACCUUGCAAGGCAUUUGCUACAGCGGACGAACGUCUUGGACAACAUUGGAGUCGGAAAUAUCUGAAAUUAACUAUUUUGAUUUCAGCAAAGAUACGUGGUUUAAUCCAAUGCACGGUUUCUCUGUUGCCUUUGCAACACCGCAGAAAAUGUACAGAGCAAUAAGCCGUAUCGUAGGAAGACCAAGUGACAAUAUCAUAGGUAGCGUCAAUAUAGCACAUUUCUGGAAGCACUCAUUUUAUGAGAUCAAUAGGAAAACCACAGAGAUACCGAUACACGACAAUCUGUCGCAAUUUGGCUAUGCGGUAACAUCAGGAUAUUAUUUCAACCAGAAUCAACCCUUUUACGCCUGUGGGGAUCCGGGAUGGAAUUAUGUAGGGCAGGUCGCUGUAGUCGAUUUGAACGGAGAUUUUGUACCUUUGAUCACUAAUCUUCGUGGUACUGACAUCGGCGAAUUCUUCGGGGCGAGCUUGGCUAGCGGUGAUUUAAACAACGACGGUCUGCACGAUCUUGUGGUCGGAGCUCCGCAUUGGGGGAAUGAUAACGGCAGAAUCUACAUAUAUCUGGGCAGCUCGAAGAAAGAGUUCGAGACAGCCGCGAUUCUAAAAGGCACCAGAGAGGAUGCACAGUUCGGUUAUGCGGUGGCAAUCGGCGAUGUAGACGGGGACGGUUUUGGCGAUAUUAUAGUGGGCGCUCCUUGGGAGGACUCCGGAGCAAUUUACGUUUACAACGGCGACGCGAGUUUAAAGGAUAAAAUAAAACCUACGUUGACACAAAGGAUCACGAUGCAAUUCUCUAGUCCCAAUCUUCCGGCAAAAGGAGCAAAUAUACAAACGUUUGGAUUUUCGAUAUCUGAACCCAUCGAUAUAGAUAACAACGGGUAUGCGGACAUCGCGGUAGGCGCAUAUAAAUCCGGACAUGUCGUAGUACUUCGAAGUAAACCCGUUAUAAGAACAAAUUUGACCAUAUACACCAUUCCAAGCACUUUACACAGGAACAAUAGUAGCUUUUUGAUCGAAGCGUGUGUUGAAUAUCAUAGCUACGACAUACCAAACACACACACUUUCAAAGUCUCUCUUAUCGUAGACAAAAAAUAUAAACGUAGUAAAGAGACUUCAUUGGAUGUGUACUCGAUAGAUGCCCAUACGUGUGUGAAUGCUACUAUUACUCUUUCGGAUAAUAUUCAAAAUUUCAUUGAACCGAUUACCAUUUAUGCAUCUCACGAUUUUACAUGUAAUGAUUCGUCUGAAUUUUGCAAGACUUGCCCUAUUGAAAGCAGAAAUGCUAGAUCGAGGAGUGCGCAAAUUUUGCUUCCCUUUGAUAUUGGAUGCGGGGAUGAUAGAGUCUGCAAUUCCAGCAUACACGCAAUAAUGAAAUUUUGGGGAAUCAGGGAGAAUAAUACGUGGGUGAUCGGUUCCAACGACAUCACUUUGGAAACAAGUUUAAAGAAUUUCGCUGAGCCGGCAUAUCUCACGACUAUCGUGUUUACUCUCCCAAAAGAAAUAGUACUGCGCAGUAUCUUACCAUUCUGCGAAGAAGACACGGAUGACGAUACCCUGACUGUUAUUUGCAACGUCGGCAACCCGCUUGGAAUGUAUGAGGAGAAAGUUAUGAGACUCGAUUUGGAUAUGAAACAUCUGACCGACGGUUCGUUGCAUGGGCAAGUUUUGGAGUUCUCUGCGGAGAUACAAACUCACAGCGUAAACCAUGGCAUGUAUAUGAUUAAAUCACUGCUGACUUUGCAAAGCGAAGCAUCUUUGUCGCUAGACGGAAAAGCGAACGAGAAAAGUUACUAUCUAUUCAAUUUAGAUAGUGAUCAAUCGGACAUAAUUUUUCAACAUGUUUAUCAGAUAUUGAAAUUCGGUGUGACGCCUAUAGAAGAGGCGCGGCUUGUGAUCAAUUUACCAAUAUCCAUAAACGAUUCAGAUUCUUUGGUGCUUUUGUAUGAGCCGCGGAUUUAUAUAUCUGGAAGAUAUUACGACUGCUUAUCGAAUGGGGUGGAUCUAGUGGAUGUACAGCAGGAUGAACUUUCGGGAGAGACGGUGUCGGACGCAUCUGAUUUGUAUAAUCCAAAUUAUAAUAACGAAACGUUGCAGAACGCGACGCAUAAUGUAUUCAAGAGGAACGCGGACAGUCACGUAGCUUUUGCUGCUCGUAUUUUACAGACGUUGUACAAUAUGAGAAUGACAAGAUUCGAAGAUUCGAAUGAUAAUCUGACAGUCCGAGAACGCAAUAUCGUAUACGUGAACUGUUCGACGUACGGCGUGAAUUGUUCGACGAUCUACUGCGAUCUGAAUGCGUUAAGGACGCAACAGGACGUCGGCAAAUUGACGAUGAGAUUAAUUCUCAACGCCACGAGGUUUAAAGAUAAUUUCAAAUUGUCGAACGAAAUGAAGAUCGUGAAAUUCAGCACGGACGCUCACGUCGAAAUCAUAAAACCGACAAACAGGAUUUUUGGAAUAGAUGAAAGGAAUGAUACGAAUGUCACGACAGAAUUUCAUGGCGCAGCGAAGACGCAGAAACUGCAAUUGUGGGUUGUGAUUGCGUCAAUCUUGUUAGGUCUAAUAUUACUAUGCAUCGUUAUUAUUAUAUUAAAUACGGUAGGUUUUUUCAAGAGGACGACGAAAGAAGAGCUAUUCGCUUUAAAUUCUGAUGAGGUAACGGAGGAUGCAGAGAAAGGCACAUCCGAAUAAAGGAGAUAUUCUCAUAUGUGUAUUUUCACAUAAAUUGGGAUGUUCUCUUAUAAGUUUAUACAAAUAAAAAACGAUUUAUAAAAUAUUAUUUUUUUAAUUAACAUUACACAGUCAAGUAUUGCUCGUGCAAGCAAUACUUAAUACAUCGACGAGACUUAUAUAAUAAAAGUAUUUACAUUA